CAGAGCCUGAUAAGGUGUACAAUUUGACGAUCAGUAAUAUCUCCACUAGCUCACUUUCUCUCAGCUGGACACCACCAAAUGGCAACGUUGGAAGCUACAGAGUUGACGUUACUGGAUCCACAGUGAUGAAUGUGACCACAACUUCGGCAUUUGCUAAUCUAACUGGACUAAUACCCGGAAGCAUGUAUACCCUCCAAGUUGUGGCCUUGGCUGAGGACAAUAUGACUGAAGGAGAUGCAGUGGCAGUCACGGGAUUCACAAAGCCUGAUAAGGUGUACAAUUUGACGAUCAGUAAUAUCUCCACUAGCUCACUUUCUCUCAGCUGGACACCACCAAAUGGCAACGUUGGAAGCUACAGAGUUGACGUUACUGGAUCCACAGUGAUGAAUGUGACCACAACUUCGGCAUUUGCUAAUCUAACUGGACUAAUACCCGGAAGCAUGUAUACCCUCCAAGUUGUGGCCUUGGCUGAGGACAAUAUGACUGAAGGAGAUGCAGUGGCAGUCACGGGAUUCACAAAGCCUGAUAAGGUGUACAAUUUGACGAUCAGUAAUAUCUCCACUAGCUCACUUUCUCUCAGCUGGACACCACCAAAUGGCAACGUUGGAAGCUACAGAGUUGACGUUACUGGAUCCACAGUGAUGAAUGUGACCACAACUUCGGCAUUUGCUAAUCUAACUGGACUAAUACCCGGAAGCAUGUAUACCCUCCAAGUUGUGGCCUUGGCUGAGGACAAUAUGACUGAAGGAGAUGCAGUGGCAGUCACGGAUUCACAACCUGAUAAGGUGUACAAUUUGACGAUCAGUAAUAUCUCCACUAGCUCACUUUCUCUCAGCUGGACACCACCAAAUGGCAACGUUGGAAGCUACAGAGUUGACGUUACUGGAUCCACAGUGAUGAAUGUGACCACAACUUCGGCAUUUGCUAAUCUAACUGGACUAAUACCCGGAAGCAUGUAUACCCUCCAAGUUGUGGCCUUGGCUGAGGACAAUAUGACUGAAGGAGAUGCAGUGGCAGUCACGGGAUUCACAAAGCCUGAUAAGGUGUACAAUUUGACGAUCAGUAAUAUCUCCACUAGCUCACUUUCUCUCAGCUGGACACCACCAAAUGGCAACGUUGGAAGCUACAGAGUUGACGUUACUGGAUCCACAGUGAUGAAUGUGACCACAACUUCGGCAUUUGCUAAUCUAACUGGACUAAUACCCGGAAGCAUGUAUACCCUCCAAGUUGUGGCCUUGGCUGAGGACAAUAUGACUGAAGGAGAUGCAGUGGCAGUCACGGGAUUCACAAAGCCUGGUAAGGUUCACAAUUUGACGAUCAGUAAUAUCUCCACUAGCUCACUUUCUCUCAGCUGGACACCACCAAAUGGCAACGCUGGAAGCUACAGAGUUGACGUUACUGGAUCCACAGUGAUGAAUGUGACCACAACUUCGGCAUUUGCUAAUCUAACUGGACUAAUACCCGGAAGCAUGUAUACCCUCCAAGUUGUGGCCUUGGCUGAGGACAAUAUGACUGAAGGAGAUGCAGUGGCAGUCACGGAUUCACAACCUGAUAAGGUGUACAAUUUGACGAUCAGUAAUAUCUCCACUAGCUCACUUUCUCUCAGCUGGACACCACCAAAUGGCAACGUUGGAAGCUACAGAGUUGACGUUACUGGAUCCACAGUGAUGAAUGUGACCACAACUUCGGCAUUUGCUAAUCUAACUGGACUAAUACCCGGAAGCAUGUAUACCCUCCAAGUUGUGGCCUUGGCUGAGGACAAUAUGACUGAAGGAGAUGCAGUGGCAGUCACGGAUUCACAACCUGAUAAGGUGUACAAUUUGACGAUCAGUAAUAUCUCCACUAGCUCACUUUCUCUCAGCUGGACACCACCAAAUGGCAACGUUGGAAGCUACAGAGUUGACGUUACUGGAUCCACAGUGAUGAAUGUGACCACAACUUCGGCAUUUGCUAAUCUAACUGGACUAAUACCCGGAAGCAUGUAUACCCUCCAAGUUGUGGCCUUGGCUGAGGACAAUAUGACUGAAGGAGAUGCAGUGGCAGUCACGGAUUCACAAAUGUAUAAUGCUUACAACUCUGACAACCAGAGAAGAACAUUGGUGGGAAUACAGAAGGAAAGAAAGGGAAGCUCGUUUGAGGUUGAGCCUGAUAAGGUGUACAAUUUGACGAUCAGUAAUAUCUCCACUAGCUCACUUUCUCUCAGCUGGACACCACCAAAUGGCAACGUUGGAAGCUACAGAGUUGACGUUACUGGAUCCACAGUGAUGAAUGUGACCACAACUUCGGCAUUUGCUAAUCUAACUGGACUAAUACCCGGAAGCAUGUAUACCCUCCAAGUUGUGGCCUUGGCUGAGGACAAUAUGACUGAAGGAGAUGCAGUGGCAGUCACGGAUUCACAAGUGAGCACACCUAUCAUCUGCUACCUGUAG